UCACAACUGAAUUCACAACUGGGCCAACUGAAAUCCCAUCAACAACUGAUCAGACUGGUAUAACUAAAGUAACAACUGGGCAGACUGGCGGCACGUCCACAACUGAUCAAUCUGGAACAACUGAGUUCACAACUGGGCCAAUUGACAGCACAUCAACAACUGAUCAGAUUGGUAUAACUGAAGUAACGACUGGGCAAACUGGUGGCAUGUCCACAACUGAUCAUUCUGGAACAACUGAGUUCACAACUGGGCCAACUGAAAGCACCUCAACGACUGAUCAAACUGGUAUAACUGAAGUAACAACUGGGCAAACUGGUGGUACGUCCACAACUGAUCAAUCUGGAACAACUGAGGUCACAACUGAGUUCACAACUGGGCCAACUGAAAACACAUCAACGACUGAUCAGACUGGUAUAACUGACGUAACAACUGGGCAAACUGGUGGCACGUCCACAACUGAUCAAUCUGAUAAAACUGAGGUAACAACUGUGCAACCAACCACACUAUCCACUAACCCACCCACUCAGUCACCAACUACAGCCCCAACUAAACCAUCUACAAAUCCAACUACUCGGUCAACCACUGAACCAGCAUUUACCACACCAGAGCCAUUACAAUGUCAGAAUGGAGGAACCUUCAAUGGAUACAACUGUUCAUGUCUUAGUGGACUUAAUGGAACUCUUUGCGAGUUGGUUGAAAUUGAUGUUGAACCAGUUACAUUCAACAGAACGGUUUUGGUUAAUUUGGUGAUCAACAAGCUAUAUAAUGUAAAAUAUGAGGAUGAAACAUCACUUGAAUACAAAGAAUUUGUUGGAAACUUCACCAACCAGAUGGAGAAAUAUUACCAGGCAAAGAAGAUAGCAAACUUAAAAGAAGUGGUUGUAAUUAAUGUCAGCCGUGGAGGCCCUUUGGUCAGAUCCUCAAAUAACACUGUGGAUGAGGUGCGAUUAUGGGAUAAAGCCAUGGCUAUCUUCAGUACCACACCGAGGGCAGACAGUGUUAACGUCACACAUGAUGUAGUUCUGGUGAUUCCAAAUAACGCUAGUGCCGAACAACUAUAUAACGAAGAUGUCGGACAAAUUAAGGAAGCUGUUGACGGCCUUGUUGGCUGCACGGGAGAAUGUCCUAAUUUCAACGCCACCGCUCCGCCCAUCGUGACUACAACGGAGGCUGAUUUGGGAUCGGUCUGUGAACAGUUUGUUAAGGAUCCAGAUGUUUAUAAAUACUACGAGCUGGUGCAUAUUGAUGGAACGAUGACAUGUGUGACUGUAUGCCACAGUCGACAUUCAGAUCAUAAAAGAUGCUACAACAGGGGAAUCUGCAGAGUGUACAAAGCCUCUGGACCUCUUUGCAUGUGUCACAACAAGGAUACGACGUGGUACUUGAACGAUGACUGUAGCUUCCCUAUACACAGGAUAGCUUUCUAUGCAGGGUUGAGUGGGACGCUGGCUUGUCUGUUGGUGACAGUGGGAGUCUUGAUUGCAUUCAUACUGAGGAACAAACAAAGGCAAAAGAGGAGUUGGGACAUUAAAGACCAGCAGUGGACCCAGUGGCUGGAUGAGGACUUUGAGUGGCCCAGAUCCGACACUGACGUUGACAACGAUGGAGAUAUCAACAACCCGGUUUUCACAUACGAAGAAUCAGCCACCUACGGUGUAAGCGAAUACAGACGACCUGUAUCUGGAACGUCUUCGGAUACUGACGACGGACGGUCGAGCUCAUCAGACACACCGUACAGGCAUACUACUCUGACUACUAAUACUCUCUCGUUUUCUAAUGUCGGACAGCCACAAUCUGCCAGCCCAUCUCAACCUCAGAGAGACUUGUCAUCAUCCACCCAACCGAUGACGACCAGCAGGCCUGAGAUCAAGAUAACCUGGCACUCAUCAUGUUAACCUCAUUAAGGACUAAGAAGUCUCAACUCUCCUGCUGACGUUGCCUCUCACUCUGGCAUCUUUUUGCUGCUGUCUGUAAUAUAAUAUAAAAGUAUUUACUGUAUACCUGCUUUAUAUAUUUAUAUGUUUUGUAAAAUGGCAACAGGGUAAGUGUUAGCAAUCAAAAUGCAAUACAUAUAUUUAUUACUCCGUGAUUAUAGUUGUUGUUUUAAUGUCAGGCUAAUGCUCAGACUGGCAGUAGUAACAGGAAGAAUAGUACUGUCAUAUAUCAUAUGAAACUAGAAAACCUAACGAAUUCAUCGGUACCAACCAUGUCAUACUAGCUUGUCGAGAAGAGGGUUAAAUAACGCUCCAAAUCUACGCUA